CAUCGAUUCCAGGAAAUAUCUUUUUAGCACUGCAUGAAAAACUCCAUAUUAUGCUGAAAGGAAGAUUGGGGACUUUGAAUGUACAUGAGUUUACUGUACAACUAACUGAAGAAUUACAUGAACAACUGGAGAAUUUGGGCACUCAUGGGACAAUGGACCUCAACAAAUUAGUAAGGCAGCUUCUUUAUCCAGUCACAGUGAACGUGCUCUUUAAUAAAGGUUUGUUUUUCACAAGCAAGAGGAAGAGCAAGGAGUUCUGUCAGCAGUUUGAAGUGUUUGAUCAAGGCUUUGAAUAUGGGUCUCAGAUGCCAGAAUGCCUCCUAAGAAACUGGUCAAAGUCCAAAAAGUGGUUCCUAACACUGUUAGAGAAAAGUAUUCCUGAUAUAAAAGCAUACAGAUCUGAGAAAGAUAAUUCUUUG